UUCAUAAAAAAUGUCGUUACGAAAACGAGCAUUGAAUAGCUUUCAAAAUGCUCAGACGUCUGUUUGGCAUAGCUCAUUGUCUACUGAUACGGUCAACAUGGAGAAACUCAUUGUACAGACCCAAAAUGGUCAAGUGCGCGGUGGAAUUAGACAUAGCAUAGAAGGAUAUGAUUAUUAUAGUUUUCUAGGAAUACCUUAUGCGAAACCACCAAUCGGCGAUUUGAGAUUCAAAGAUCCUGAACCAGUUGAAGACUGGACUGGAAUUCGAGAUGCAACAAAAUAUGGAAAUAUGUGUUGGCAAUUUUUUGCAUCUACUCAAACUUAUUCUGGAAGUAACGACUGCCUCUACAUAAAUGUUUUUGCAAAGUCCAUGAAAAAUAUCGAUAAGCUGAAACCAGUGAUGGUUUGGGUUCAUGGUGGCGGUUUUAUGUUUGGAAGUGGUGAUGAUGCGAACUUUGGACCUGACUAUUUGUUAAGAAAAGAUAUUAUUCUUGUGACUUUCAAUUACCGAUUGGGAAUUUUCGGAUUUCUAAACUUAGAAGAUGAAGCAGCACCUGGCAAUCAAGGAUUGAAGGAUCAAAUUUUAGCUUUUAAAUGGGUCCAAGCUAACAUAGCGAAAUUCGGCGGAGAUCCUAAUAACGUAACGGCUUUUGGAGAAAGCGCUGGAGCAAUUUGCAUACAAUUAUUGGCUUUAUCGCCAAUGGGAAAAGGUUUAUUUAACAAGAUGAUUUGUCAAAGUGGAUCCAUUUUCAACUCUUGGGCAAGACUAAAAAAUCCCAAGAAAUAUACUUUUAUGCUUUGCAAUUUUCUUGGGAAAUACUAUACCGAUCCUAAACAAAUUGUGCAAUUUUUAAAUACACUUGAUAGUGAGAAAAUAAUACGAGCUCAAGAACAAGUACGAAAGUCUAUUGAAAAAAUGCUGGGAAUUUGGAUUUAUUGUCCCGGGAUAGAUAGCGAAUCUCCAAAUCCUGUUGUACCAGUCGCUCCAGAAAAAUCAAUAUUAAAAGGAAUUCAAAUGCCUUUAUUAAUGGGACACAAUAAUCGUGAAGGACUUCUUCUAUUAAUGGAUCCUCAUAGUUUUGCAGCAUUGAAGAAAGAAGAAUUGAUUCGAAUCGAUAGAAAUUUUUCUAAAAUUAUAAAUGAUAGAGCAGUCGAAACAUUAAAAGGAUAUGGCCUUACAAUAAAAGAUUUAAAACAAAUGUACUUCGGAGAUAAAAAAAUAUCUAUUGAUGAAAUUGAUGCAUUUGUGGACUUGCAAGGAGACUUUAAUUUUUUGGAAUCAAUCCAUAAACUCGCAAAGAUCCAACUAGAAAAUAAUACGUCACCGACAUAUUUUUAUGUGUUUUCCUACGAUAAAGAAAUUUCAACGACUAGAGCAGUAUCCACGCUACAGUUAAAAGGUGCCUGUCAUUUCGACGAGGUUGAAUUUCUUUUCAACAUGAAUUUGCGACAACAAUUAGGCUUCAAACCCUAUAAAAAAGGUACCGACUCUUACAAAGUGAUGGAGAUUAUGACAGAACUGUGGACUAACUUUGCCACAUACGGAACGCCGACACCAGCCAAAUCAGAAUUAAUCCAUAUAUUGUGGGAACCACUUAAAGAUGGAAUGCACUUACGUUACUUGAAUAUAGAUACAAAUGUGAAAAUGGACACAAUGACAAAUAUAGAACAGAAGUUCUUAUCUGCGAAAUCUUCGUUACAAAAAAAUACGAAGUUAUAAUACUUUAGAAAAAUAAGUAUGAAAAAACAUGUGAUUAUCUAUGUUUUACUAUUUUGUUAAUAGGUACAUGGAUAAAAUUUAGACUUGAUUAACUUUCCAUUGUAUGAUGACAUAACUUUAUAUUGUUGAAAUCUUAUUUGUAAUGACUAAGA